UUGAUACAUAAUCUAUGAUAUCAAAUUACAUAUAUAAAUUCCCAUCUCUCAACACAAACUCAUUCAUAUUCAAUUGAUCAUCAAGUAUAUUUCAUUAGUAAAAGUGAUCUAAAAAAUUUCACAAUAUGUCGACUGUGACAUUCACGGAGGAGUUCACCAGCACCGUGGCCGCGCCGCGGCUGUUUAAGGCGUUGAUCGUCGACGGCGAUAACCUAAUUCCCAAAAUUGCCCCUCAAGCCCUCAAAAAUAUUGAGAUUCUUGAAGGGAAUGGAGGCCCUGGAACCAUCAAGAAAAUCAACUUUGCAGAAGGUAGUGAAUUCAAGUACAUGAAGCAUAGAAUUGAUGCUCUAGACGAGGCAACAAUGACGUAUUCUUAUACAUUGAUCGAAGGCGAUCCAUUGAUGGACAAGCUCGAAAAGGUUACUUAUGAAACGAAGAUGGAAGCUAGCGAAGAUGGUGGUACCAAGGGCAAAAGUGGUAGUACAUAUUAUACGAAACCGGGUGUCGAGAUCAAGGCAGGGAAAGAGAAAGCAGCUGGUUUGCUUAAGGCUGUGGAAGCCUAUCUCUUGGCCAACCCAGAGAGUUAUGCAUGAAUUUGUGAAGAUGAAUUUUCAACGAACUUGGCUAUGUAUUGUGUUUUGAGUUUGUUUUUGCCCAACCUAUGUAUGUGAAUUGUUGGAAGGAAGAUCCCCAAAAUAUCCUGCACAAUUGAAGCAAAGAUUACAUAGAAUCAAGGGAGAAGAUCAGGGGAAAUCAAUCACACCAAUUAGGGAUAUUAUACACGGUUCUACCAUAAUUAAGCUUACCUUGUAUAGCUCUCAUUAGGCCUAUAUUAACAGUGUACCAAAGUUAGUGUAAAUACACAAGAAUUAUCCCUAA